AUGCCCCCUAAGCGUUUUUCGCCGACGUCUGAUAGCGACUCCUCGGAGCUUCCUCUUAAGAAGACCCAGCGGACCCAUGAGGAGAACCAGGAGAGGGCUUACAUCGCAGCUUCGCGCCGGGCUGACCGCGACAUCGAGCACCGCAUCAGGUCUGCCCUGAAGGCUUCAGAAUGCCGCAGGAAGCGGACCGGACGGGGUCUCAAGAUCACCCGCAAGGCUGUCAUUGGAGACGAGCAGUACGAGAGUGAAGACGAUGACCGCAGUUUGCGCCGGCUCAGCAUGCCCGCGGCUACCAGCGUAGCGUACACCACGAGCAACGCCGACCGCUAUGCCGAAAUAGACGCCCUGUUCGCAAAACACUUUCCCAACUUCCAGACCUCCUCGCGCUGGCCAGCGGUAUCAGCAAUGUCGACAACCACGACAGCAGCAGCAGCAACAGCAACAACAACGGCGGCAACCGGUGCCCAAAUACACCGCAACAGCUACCCGCAGCCCCUGCAGCUACAGACAGGCUACGUACCGGCGUUCCCGCAGCCGAAUAAGCGGGGAUCGAUCGUAUCACAAGCCUCGCCCCUCACACCACCCGGCUCGUAUCCGUUGCCCCCGAGCCGCGACGAGAGCCCCAACUGCAUGUCGCCCCUCGCCCUGAGCAUUGACGGUUCCCGGCCGACCAGCGCGUCACCCACCCCGGCGCGCCAAGCUCGGCCUACCGGUUUGGUCAUGCCUGACCCGUAUCAAGUCGAGGGUGGCGCCGGUAUGGAGAUAUGUGUUGCGGGGGCUAUGGACGGCGAAACUGGGGGUGACGACGAUGGACACCUACCGCAGCUCGAUUUCUCCUCGACCACCACAGCUAGCGACAGCGGUGAUGGCGAUGUCCACGACGCCGCUGGCAACACCACCGAUGCCAGCGCAUGGCGCAACCGUAGUUACUCGCUCCCUUCCUCGCUCGCGCAGUUCCAUUUCCCUUAUGAACCCUCCUCUUCCAAUGCCAAACAGGAUCUCUUCUCUGACCUCGAGGCUGAUUCUGCGCUGAUCGAUCCGAAUAUCCUCGGCGGCGGCAGUGGAGAUAUGGAUAUGGGUAUGGGUAUGAACAUGGACAUGAACAUGGACAUGGGGUUCGGCAUGCCGGGCAUGAACCUGCCGAUGGUCUCCGGACCGGGUGGGAUGGGCGCGGCGACGACGACUUCGGGUGAUGGUACGACGACAAAUGGGCCGGGAGAGCCGUGGGCGGACUGGGUUGAUUUGGAUGGGGAUGGACCGGCUGUUUUGGGGGUUGAGGUUUAA